UGUGGAACCAGUUUGCUGUCCCAGUGCUCUUCACUGUCUUCUGGUUUGUGUUGUUUGUGGUCCAGCUGUGCUCCACCAUGAAUGGCAAAGGUACAGCAGGACAUCAGGGAAUCAUGUUUUUCUUGCUCACAAGUGUCUCUGAAUGUUGUGCGACACCAUACUCCCUUCUGGGUCUGACCUUCAUGGUGUCAUAUCUUGCUCUCGGGCUUCUCAACCUAUGCAAAUUCUACCUGGGAGGUUAUGCAGCUGUUCAGAAUGAGAACGUCAUGCACAGAGGUGUGACUGAGGGUGUCACAUUGCUCCUUCUGGCCCUUCAGACAGGCCUGUUGGACAUGCAGGCGCUGCAGCGCACCUUCCUCCUCAGCAUCAUCCUCUUCAUCGUGGUUACUUCAACUUUGCAAUCGAUGAUAGAAAUAACUGAUCCAGUCAUUCUUGCUCUGGGUGCAUCUCGCAAUAGGAGUGUAUGGAAACACUUCCGUGGCCUCAGCAUGUGUCUGCUCCUGCUGGUUUUCCCGGUGUUUAUGGCUUAUAAAAUUUCUCAAUUCUUCCACAUGGACUUCUGGUUACUUAUACUGGUGUCGAGCUGCAUGCUGACUUCCCUUCAGGUUACAGGCACGCUGCUGAUCUACUCCCUAUUCAUGAUGGAGAUGUUUCGCAGUGACCCUAUCGAGAGCCUGGAUGAAGUGAUCUACUGGGUGAAUGCUGUCAGCAGGGUGCUGGAGUUUAUGGUGGCCCUCUGUGUGGUAGCUUACGGCACCUGGGAGUCACUGUUUGGGGAGUGGAGCUGGAUGGGUGCAUCUGUCAUUAUCAUCCACUCUUAUUUCAAUGUUUGGCUGAGAGCUCAGUCUGGAUGGAGGAGCUUUCUGCUUAGACAGGAAGCAGCUAAAAAGAUCAACUCCCUACCAAGAGCGACAGCAGAGCAACUGCACCAGUACAACGACGUCUGCUCAAUUUGCUUUGAGGGAAUGAACUCUGCUGUUAUUACGUACUGUGGACAUUUUUUCCAUGGCAACUGCCUCCGCAAGUGGCUGUAUGUGCAGGAGACCUGCCCCAUGUGCCACCAAACGGUGCGCCCCACCCCAUCAGGUCAGACCCAGGCUUCACGUAAUAGUCCUGCAGCAGCAGCAGCACCACAGAGCGAUGCAGAGCCAGAUCCCACUACACCGGAGGAAGACCACAACCCAGACAGCAGUGAUUUCCAAAAGGCACAGAGUGAGAGGAUAACUCCUGUGUCCAUGGAGCAACAGAAGAGCAUGGAGAGACUUGAAGGAGACUCUGAGGAGCUCCUGGCUGAACCUGAGAGUAAGGCUGUUCAAGGACAUUGUUUUAGCUCCAGUGGAGCCUCAGGUGGAUCUGUCAGCCCAGAGUCAAGCUGCCCUCCAAAGGAUACUUCUCAUUGCCAUGAAGCAGUACAUGGUGUGGUGUCUUGUCCUCUUAACGUGCAGAACUCGGAUGAGAGCAGCAAGGAGGAGUCUGGAGAUGUCGAGGGGAGGUUUCAGCCAGCAAAUGUAUCCCAGCCAUCAGUUUCUGAUGCCGUCUGUGAGCACAGAUUGGAGAGUCAGUCCCGCUCUGAAGGAGCAGGACUGUGUGCAUCAUUUGAAGACGGCACCACUUCCUCUACGACAGUGCUACAAACCCUCAAAAAUAAAGGUGACUUUCACGAGGAAGAGACUAAAAUGGCUGGAGUUGAUACAGUUAAUAGUGAGUUUGAUAAACCUGAUACAUUAUGUGAAAAUGGAUCAGAUUUGGUACAAACUGCUGAGGAAAUGGGAAAGAACCAAAUGGUAGACUGUGCAGCACUAAAUAAUCAUCUUCUGACACAGGGAAGAGACAUUGAAAUCCCUGAAAAGCCAAGAUUCAACAGAAGCAAAUGCUCAUGAAGAAAAGUCAGAGGACAUCCUGUCUGCUAUGGGCUGCGUUAAUCGCUGCAUGUCUGUAAAACCACGCAAUGACAACUCAGAAUUCUUCAACAGAGAAGAUGGAGACCAAAGUCAAAAUGGCACACAGUCAGACUCCAAUCAGGACAAACAUAUAACACGGGCGUCCUUGGAUGAUUCCUUGUCUUGCAAAAGCACAAAUAGUGACUGAUUGCAUCAGUGCCUUGAAGUGUGUGAAAGAUGAAGUUUAAAAUGAAGAGAACACAAACGUGUGUGGGUGAUUCUUAGACUAUGGGCACUUAUUAUGUCCUUUGAUCAUAUUGCAUGAAAAACAGAAAAAAGGGGAAAUU